AGGACGUGACACUUCAAGGGGGACACAUUCUUUCUUUAGUCCUCACGACGCGAUCGCUAUCCGCCAACACCACUUCAUUCUCCUCGUUACGUGUCGCGGGCACUUCCAGGUUGCUGUGCGACCAUGAAUUUCUUCUCCGCCGUGGCCUCGGCCAUAUCCCAAGGGUCCCCCUUACCCUACAACAUUGGCGACAAGGUCGAUGUUGACCAGUCCAUCUGGACCCUGAACAAUGGCACAAAGAGGGAAGACGGAUCCAGCUGCAGUGUUUUCUCCUUCGACAUCGCCGCCAACAAGUCUCGACUACCCCUCGCGAAGAACGCCCUGCGCAAGCUGCGGACGCUCCGACAUCCUGGAGUGAUUAAAGUUCUAGACACUGUCGAAACCGAGACCCAUAUCUACAUUGCGACCGAGAGAGUCGUGCCCCUGAGGUGGCAUAUCAGGAGAAAAAGCCUGAGUCCCGAAGCUAUCAAAUGGGGUCUGCACAGUGUUGCCGUACGUUAUUGGAGGCGCACCUGCUUUACCUGUUCGUGAUAAAAGCCUGACACUGCAGCAGCGGACGGUCAAGUUCAUAAACGACGAGGCAACCUCGAUUCACGGCAACAUCAAGGCUGGCUCUGUGUAUACAUCCGAGAGUGGAGAAUGGAAGCUGGGCGGCUUC